AUGGAGGAAUCAGUAACAACAACCACCAUAUUCCUCCUCUUUUCUUUACUCCACUUUCACAAAGUCCACACAGCUGAACUCGCCACCAUUUCAGACUCACAGUUCUUGACAGAUGAAGACACCUUGGUCUCGCCGGCCGGAAUUUUCGAACUGGGAUUUUUCCGGCCAGCACCUGGUAGGUCUGAGAACAGGUACCUUGGUAUAUGGUACAAGAAAAUCUCAAUUAAAACAGUCGUUUGGGUUGCCAACAGAGACUUCCCGAUCACCGGAGCACCAUCACACCAUGUCUUAAAGAUCGCCGAUCCCGGAAUUCUCGUCCUCAUGAACAAUAUCACCGUCGUCUGGACGUCACCCAAUACAACCAUAACAUCACCGAACGCAACCGCAAAGCUUCACGACACCGGAAACCUCGUCGUGGUGGACGUUCACAAGAACAAUAUCUGGCAGAGUUUUGAUCACCCAACUGACACCCUUCUUCCCGCCAUGAAGUUUGGGAAAGAUCUCUUGAACAACAAAGAAUGGUAUCUAUCAUCAUGGAGAAGUAAUCAAGAUCCAAAUCGAGGUGAAUUCACAUGGAGAUUCGACACACGAAGCUAUCCACAAAACCAACUAAAACAAGGUGAAAUGGUGAGGUUUCGUGAAGCACUUAGUGGCGAUUCAACAGUCAGUAACUUGUUGAUUGCAUACGACGUAGUCAUCAAUUCAACCGAGGUAACUUUCACUUAUAACGUUGUAAACAGUUCGAUCAUAUUGAGAUCCACCUUGAGUUCAUAUGGGAAGCUAGAAAACUUGAUGUGGGUUGAAGAUGGUAAAAGAUGGCAACUUUUAUCAGCAUUACCAAGAGAUAUCUGUGAUACAUACAACAUUUGCAGUUCUUAUGGAAGUUGCAGACCUGUGACAUCUCAAAGAUGUGUUUGUUUGGAUGAAACAAGAUUUGUGCCCAGGAACCCUAAGAGUUGGGAGACAGCUGAUUGGUCUGGUGGUUGUGUGAGAAGAACACCAUUGAAUUGUGAAGAUGGAUCAGAUGGGUUUAUGAAGUAUUCUAAUGUGAAGUUGCCAGAUACACAGAGUUGCUGGUUUAAUAGGAGUAUGAUGUUGAAAGAAUGUGAAACGAAAUGCUUAAUGAAUUGUAGUUGUAUGGCUUAUUCGAAUACAGACGCCAUUGAUGGAGGUGGCUGUUUGCUUUGGUUCAAUGAUCUUGUUGACAUCACAGAGGUUUCAGCUAGUAUGGGUGGUCGGGAGAUCUUUGUAAGAAUGGCUUCCUCUGAAUUCGUUGUUCCAUCGGUUUCCAAAACGAAGAAAGGAUCAAACAUUAGAAUCAUCUUACUCGUGCCUAUUUCGGGAGCUCUUCUCAUCGGCUUCAUCUCCGCAUGGCUAUGGUAUAGAAGGAAAAAAAGGAAUCAAGCCGAAACAACAGGGAAAGACAUUGAUCAGCUACCAUUGUUUAGCUUCUCUCAAAUAUCUAAUGCCACUGCAAGUUUUUCACUCCACAAUAAACUUGGUGAAGGUGGAUUUGGACCUGUUUAUAAGGGUAUGCUAGAAGAAGGGCUCGAGAUUGCGGUUAAGCGUUUGUCGAAGACAUCCAGCCAAGGAGUUGAUGAGUUCAAGAACGAAGUGAUUUGCAUUUCGAAACUUCAGCACAGAAAUCUUGUGAAGUUGCUCGGCUGUUGCAUUCAUGGAGACGAGAAGAUGUUGAUUUACGAGUACAUGCCGAAUAAAAGCUUAGACUCGUUUAUAUUUGAUAAAAGGGCGAGGCUGCUCCUCGAUUGGCCUAAACGAUUCAACAUUAUCAAAGGAAUUGCUCGCGGACUUGUUUAUCUGCAUCAAGAUUCGCGAUUAAGAAUCAUCCAUCGUGAUCUUAAAGCGAGCAACAUUCUACUAGAUCUUGAUAUGAACCCUAAGAUAUCAGACUUUGGCAUCGCAAGAAGAUUCGGAGGAAAUGAGACCGAAGCAAACACAGAAAGAGUCGUUGGCACAAAUGGCUACAUGUCCCCAGAGUACGCACUAGAUGGCCUUUUCUCAAUAAAGUCAGAUGUAUUCAGCUUUGGCGUCUUGUUGUUGGAGAUCGUAAGUGGGAAGAGAAAUAGGGGAUUCAUCCAUCCCGAGCAUGAUAAUAAUCUUAUCGGACAUGCAUGGAGUGUGUAUAAUGAAGGUAGAUCGAUGGAAUUGAUUGAUGCAAGUUUAGCCGAAUCCUGUGAUUCAUUCGAAGUUUUAAGAUCAAUCAAAGUAGGGUUAUUAUGUGUUCAACAAAACGCCGGAGAUAGGCCAAAUAUGCCAUCUGUCGUUAUGAUGUUGGGUGGUGAGGGUGCAUUGCCGCAACCUAAACAACCAGCAUUUUUCAUGGAAAGGGAGUUACAUGUAACCGACUUCUCGUCAAGUUCGUAUCCCGGAGGUUCACUCAAUGAUUUAACUAUUACACAGUUAAAUGCUCGAUAG